GAGAUCAUGAAGAUGGGGAAGAUGGUGAAGGAUCUUGGCCUCUUGCUCCUGACAGUCUCUCCCUAACAUCUGACCGAUACGAUAAAGAGGACGAAGCUCCCUCUGAUGGACAUCAGUUUCUUCCUAUUGCGGCACAAGAUCUUCCAUUUGUUUCAAUAUCUGGAUACUUGGAAAAACGUAGAAAAGACCACAGCUUCCUUGGCUUUGAGUGGCAAAAACGUUGGUGUGCUUUGAGUCGAACAGUCUUCUACUAUUAUGGAAGUGACAAAGACAAACAACAGAAAGGUGAAUUUGCUAUAGAUGGCUACACCGUCAGAAUGAAUAAUACCCUUCGGAAGGAUGGAAAGAAAGAUUGCUGUUUUGAAAUCGCUGCUCCUGAUAAACGCAUUUAUCAGUUUACAGCCGCUACUCCCAAAGAAGCUGCAGAAUGGGUAGAGAGACUCAAAUUUAUAUUGCAAGACAUAGGAUCUCAGACUAUUCCAGAGGAGGAAUAUGAUGACAUUGAAGAAAAUUCCAUACCUCUUUCUCAGUCAGGAAUAGAACCGAUAGAUGAAGACAUUUAUGAAGAGCUUCCAGAAGAAGCAGCAACAGUAGCUGAAAUGCCAGUAAAGAGUGAAGAACCAACCAGACAAAGUCAGGACACUGUUAGCAGUAUUUCAGGCAAUAAAAAAACCGAUUAUGUUAAUUUCUAUCAAGGUUUAUGGGACUGCACUGGUGAUGUUCCUGAUGAACUGUCAUUCAAACGUGGUGAUGUUAUCUACAUUCUCAGUAAGGAGUACAGUAGAUUUGGCUGGUGGGUAGGAGAACUGAAAGGAACCGUUGGCUUAGUGCCUAAAGCCUACAUAAUGGAGAUGUAUGAUAUUUGAGAGGCAAGACUUGGCUGAUUCUGCAAACUAGAGGCCAACUAGUGGAGGCUGUGGAGGGGCUACAAAGAUCAGUGUGAAAUGAAAGACUGGAAAUCUGUGUUAUAUAUACACACAUUUUCACUUAAAAAAAGAAUACUGUUUGCUUUGACACUCUUUGUUGUGAUAUACUUUCAUUUGGGGUUGUAUUUAUUACUCACUUGGUAAAUGGGCAUAUCCUGAUUAUAUGCAGUUGAAAUUUAAUAGAAGAGAGAUCUACAAUAAAUUUUUGGUGAUCAGCCUAAUUACUUUCAAUAUGUACAACGCAGAUGAUCUUUGCAAGAUUUUAUGCUUCUACUUGGCACAAAUGAUACACAGCAAUGGAUCUUUCCUGCAAACAUUCCUAUGACCUGCUAUUUCUUAACUGAAAAGUUUCUGAUCUUUUACUUCAUUUGCAUUUUUAAUGCUUAAACAGUUAAAUUAUGUGAAAAAGGAAAAGACGUGACACUGUGAUAGCAUUUUGAAAUAUAAUAUACCCGUUUUUAAUAUAUUUGGCGAAGGUGUACAUUGUACUUUGUAGCAUCAGUUCAUACAUAUUCUUAGAUAUGUAUUUUUUCUUAGAGCUUUUAGAAGCAGUAUCUGUGGUUCCUCCAAAAACGUGUAUGAACAUUAACUUUAUUUGAUUAAUGCAGUGUUUCUCAAACUUGGCGACUUUCAAAUGGUGGACUACAAUUCCCAGAAUUCCCUAGCCAGCCAUGCUGGGUUGAGAAACAUUGGAUUAAUGGCUACUUCCAUACAACUCUAUUGUUGGUUUUUGGCUUCAAUUGCUUCAUAGCUUUCUUCUUAAGCUCAUCAUAUGGAGUGAUCAAAAAUCAUGUAAUAGGGUUAUAUAUUAGGUUGCUAAGUAAUUAAAUGUAUUUGAUAAGUCCAGUGUAAAAUCACCAAUAAUGCUAAACAAAGUCCCCCUUUGAAGUUUAUACUGAUCGUUCCUAAGACCCUCAUGUUUGUUUUCCCAUUUGGAGGGAGAGCCCUAUUGAUCCACAAACCAUUGCAUUGGUCUGAACUGCUUUUAUAAUAACUAAUUGUGACAUAGGCAAAUCUAACUGACAUCAGGAUGAUCUGUAUUCUCUUUCCAUAUUUUGGCUCUGUCCUGUGAUCACCUACAUCUGUAUACUCAAGUUCUGCAGCCGUUUUGCAGGUGUCCUGCUGCUAAUCUCUUUUCCAGAUCGAAAAAAGUAGCUUUUGAAUGAGCUCCUCUGUGGCCAGACAGCCAAAUACUUGCCUGAAAUAUUCCUAUGAAGUACUAUUGUACUGUUUAAUCUGCCUCUCUCAAAAGAGCAGCAUCGAUAGGGGUUCAGUGUUUAAGAGUCUCUGUUUUGGGGGGCAGAAGCCAUAAACACCAGAAGAAUAUGUACUGAGAUUGCGACUCGGUGAGGUUUGAUUAUAUUCCCUCUUUCUAAAUUAAUGGUGGCCAAAGACUAAGAUUAGGCAGAACUGUAAAAUUAAUACAGCAAUGCAGAAGGCUCAUAUGUUGAACAAUUAAAGUUUUUUUUAAAAGGGUUUGCCUGUUUUUGCUCUGUCCUCUGCAGUGGUUAUCUUUUACUAUGCAUAUAGUGAGCCAAAGCUUGGUUGAGCAAAUAGAUUGUCACAUGGUAAAACUAUUAAUUAUCUGUAUAUAAUUAAAAAGCAAAACAAAACCCUACACAUAGAAAGCUAGCAUGUUAAGGAGAAAGCUAAUUGACCAUGAGUUGGAAAUAGACUCCCAUCGCAAUCAGAGGGACUUAAAUGAACCUAAUAUAGAUUGUGAUUUUAUAUGCACGUACAAGGAAAUAAAUCUUGUCUACUUUUGAAGAAACACGUAGAAGGCUGCACUGUUAAGUCUGUAUCUAAUUCUGUCUAUGCUAACCCACUGCAGGGGAGCAUUCAAAGAAAUCUCCCUCCUUGUUUUCUGAAGUGGUAUAAUCCAAGAGCAAUUUUAGCAUGUGAUUAAUGUUUCCUGGUAUGCAUCAAGGCAUAAAAGCCUCUUUCAAUUGCAGUGUUUAUGUCCUAUUUUGUUUUUGUUUUUUUACAAAGUCCAUUGAAGACCAUUGGAUAGACUAUUAUUUAAAGAAAAUUCAUUGGUGAAUGAAGAAUUCUUUAGAAGGAUUAAGCAUUCCUCAAGUUUAUGGAUAUGACCUGACACCCCUGAGAAGCAACGCUUGUUAACAAACCAGGAAUUACAUCACUGUUCCGAAAUGCUGUUAGUGCUAGAAAUAAUGCUAAUUUGAAAAAGAGAUUUGUGUAUUACCAAUGUUUGCCAGUAGAUGGCAGUAGACUUUCACGGCACAUGCUGGUGGGGAACCCAUCCCCCAGCCGUAUUUGUUGCGUUCAGAUGAAUUUUUUGCAACUUAAAGUAUUUGGAGAAUUUCCUUCCCUUUUUCAUGUAAAUCCAGGAGAGGGAGUCCUUAGCCAACUGAUGAAUGACAAACCCUUCAAAUAAUUUUUCCUAUUGAUUGGAUGAUAUAGGAAGCAGUGAUUUUAUUGUUCUCUUAACCUUUUUUUCAUGUUCUGCACAGAUGAUGUUAGCAAGCACACCCAUUCACAGUGCAGAUGUUUCACAACUACUCUACUCCUACCUUUUAACUAGACAUGCCUUAUCUAAACCAGCAAAAAGAAAAGGGUGUGAUAUUUGUAAACAAAUAUCUUGACAAAUGCCAUAACCUUUUGGGGGGCCUGGGAAAAUUCCCCAUUAAUGUGAAUCCAACACAAUUUGGCAGUAUAUGCUAAUUGGUUUGUUCUCAUUAUUUACUUGUGUUCCUUUGCAAAAGAGUUAUUUCAUAAGUCAUAUUUUAUGUAGCAACUUGCUUAUUUGCUCUGUACUGGAUUUGUACUAUACUGCUAUUAGAUCUCACAGUAACGUUCCAUGCUGCAAAUUUUUAAGGUUCAAAUAAAGUUUAAUUGUUUGCAAACUGUUA